CUGCCCGCAGCCCCUCACCCCCAGUCGCGGCGCCCCCAGCGCUCCCGGUUAUCCCGGUUUAUCCCGGUUUAUCCCGGUUUAUCCCGGUUUACCCUCACUCACUUCCUGCUCCGCCGGCCGCUGUCAACACCCCGCGCUUUACAGCGCCGCUGUCGCAAAAGCCGCUGUCGCAAAAGCCGCUCUGCCUCGCGAGAGAACUACAACUCCCAGCGUGCCCCAGCGCGGCGGGAAAAGGCGGGAAAACCGUGAGGGGGACGGCGCCCCGAGCGCCAGGAUGGGGAAGCGCAGGAGCCGCCCGCUGCCAGGUGACAGGAAGUUCCACACUCCCAAACCCAAGCGGAUCCUUCAGGAAGCACCAGGAGAUCCUGCUGGGAUGGAGCCCGAGCUCCCAGCAGAGGGAAAAACUCCCCAAAUUGGGGGUUUUAAUGUGAUUUUUCAGGAGGGGAGAGGCGAGGAGAUUGGAGGUGGCAGAGCACCAAAAUGGGGCAUUUCUGGUGGGGUGGAAGAGAAUCAUUUGGAAGUACCCCAGCUGGGAAUUUUGGAAGUGGAUGGGAUAGGAGAGGAUCAGCUGGAGUCACCAAAACCAGGAAUUUUGGAUGGGGCAGGAGAGAAUUGUCGAGAAUCGCCAAAACCGGCAAUUCUGGAGGUGGAUGCAGCAGGAGAGGAGCAGUUGGAGUCUCUGAAAGUGGGGAUUUUGGAUAGAACAGGAAAAGAGAAGCUGGAAUCACCAAAACCAGGAAUGUUGGAGGUGGAUGGGGCAGGAGAGGAGCAGCUGGAGUCACCAAAACCAGGAAUUUUGGAUGGGGCAGGAGAGACUUGUCGAGAAUCGCCAAAACCGGCAGUUUUGGAGGUGGAUGGGGCAGGAGAGGAACCCCCAGAGUCAGUGAAAUGUGUAAUUUUGGACGGAAUGGGACAGAACCAUCUGGAAUCAUCUCAGCAGGGAAUCUUGGAGGGGGGUGGAGCAGGAAAGGAGAAGUUGGAAUCACCAAAACCAGGAAUGUUGGAGGUGGAUGGGGCAGGAGAGGAGCAGCUGGAGUCACUGGAAGUGGGAAUUUUGGAUGGAAUGGGAGAGGAGCAGCUGGAAUCACCAAAACCAGGAAUUCCAGAGGUGGAUGGGGCAGCAGAGGAGCAGUUGGAGUCACUGGAAGUGAGAAUUUUGGAUGGAAUGGGAGAGGAGCAGCUGGAAUCACCAAAACCAGAAAUUCCAGAUGGGGCAGGAGAGGGGCAGUUGGAGUCACUGGAAGUGGGAAUUUUGGAUGGAACGGGAGAGAAGCAGCUGGAAUCACCAAAACCAGGAAUUCCAGAGGCAGAUGGGGCAGCAGAGGAGCAGCUGAAAUCACCAAAAUCAGGAAUUCCAGAGAUGGAUGGGGCAGGAGAGGAGCAGCUGGAGUCACUGGAAGUGGGAAUUUUGGAUGGAAUGGGAGAGGAGCAGCUGGAAUCACCAAAACCAGGAAUUCCAGAGGCGGAUGGGGCAGCAGAGGAGCAUCCAGAGCCAAACUGUGAAAUUCCCAGACUGGGAGUUUUGGAUGGAAUGGGAGAGAAGGAACGGGAGCCAGCAGCAGGAGGGGACUCCGGAGUGCCCAAGGAACGCUCAGAGGUGACGGACACAGCGGGAGAGCGGCCAGAAGGUGCCCUGGAGGAGGGAAGUGGCGCUGGGAUUGCCCUGGGAAUGGACUCGGGGGCCCCAGACGGUCCCAGAGGUCCCCAGAGCGGAGCGGGGGACGCAGAGAGCAGGAGUUCCCAGAGUGGGAAUUCCGGGAUGUUCACACCAGGGUCAGGUCCUGCAGGAACCAGCAGCGAGCCCCAGGAGCAGCAGGAAGGGACCAGCCCAGAGCUCCCAGCGGAGAAGCCACGGGACACCACAGGCCGGAUCCACACCGGAUCCACAGGGAGCAGCCCGUGGGAAAGCGCCAAAGCCGCGGAGCCGGCGGAUGCCAGCGACGUCGUCCGCGGGCUGAUCCGGGAACUCUCAGACCUCAACCGCCUGGCCAUGGGAGCCCGCCGAGGGCUGGAGCUGCUGAGGAGGCCGAAGCCACGGCGCGGCCGGAGGGCAGCGCCCAGCGGGAGCCGCUGGAAAGAGGGGUAGGGACGUCAGGAACAAUAAUAAUAAUAAUUUAUUGAUGGAAACGAUGGGAAUAAACAAACCUUCGUCUGGA